AUGGUAAAGGAGAAGCCUAAUUCGAUUCGGAUUUAUGACGACGAAGGAUUUAGACGUCGCGCGGCGUGUAUCUGCGUUCGUUCUGAUGCCGAAACAGAGGUGCUCCUGGUGACGUCGUCGCGACGUCCUGACAACUGGAUUGUACCAGGCGGCGGCGUCGAGCCUGAAGAAGAGCCUUCAGUGACUGCUAUGCGUGAGGUACUUGAAGAAGCCGGCGUCAUCGGCAAACUGGGCAGAUGUCUCGGCGUUUUCGAGGUAAGCUGUCAUUACACCUGGUAA